AUCUUCAAUCUCAUGAAGUACGACAGCUACAGCCGCUUCUUAAAGUCUGACUUGUUCUUGAAACACAAGCGAACUGAGGAAGAGGAAGAACAGCCACCGGAUGCUCAAACUGCAGCUAAGCGAGCUUCCAGAAUUUACAACACAUGAGCCUGACGAGACAGGACUGCCACCUCCACCCUCAUGGAGCGAAGGGAUGUACCCUCAGGACUGUGUGGGGUUGUCAUUGCUUUGUCAUGUGCAAGGACUGAAAUGUACAAAACCCUUCGGGGGGUAUGUGUAUUUUAUUAACUGCUUGACCAGUAAUUUUUGCAUGAUGGCUAAUCUUACAUAAAAAACAAAUAGCUUUGAAGUUUCAGUUCACAAAGCCAAUGAGAUUCCUUCAACACUGGACACUUGGAGCAUUUUAAGUUUGAUUAAACUUCAUGCGAGGGCACAAGGUGAAACUACAGCCACCUUGACCUUGUAAGUCUCUGCCCUGCCUCUCUGACCUCUUGUGCCUCUCUGCCUCUUGUACAUGUCCACAGAUUCAUUUGGCAAAGU